AUGUCCUCCUCCUCUCAACAGCAACCGCCCUCCCAGGGUCUCGUUCUCGGCUACUCCAGCCAGCACCCCUUCUCGUCCGUCCGGCUCUCGGACCGGGCCUCGGUCCAGGCCCUCCUCGCCACCCUCCUGGACCCGCUCGAGCCCUUCUUCUCCCCGGGCAAGGCGCGGGUGCGGUGCCCGGGCGCGACCGCCGUGCGCUUCGACCAGACGGCCUCCGAGGUCGAGGGGUUCGCGCGCCCGCUCUGGGGGCUGGCCUGCCUGCUGGCCGGCGGCGGCACCUACCGCGGCACCCAGUGGUGGAUCGACGGCCUCCGGGCCGGCACCGACCCGGACCGCCCGGGCGAGUACUGGGGCUACCCGGCCGACAACGACCAGCGCAUGGUCGAGAUGUGCCCCAUCGGCUUCGCCCUCGCCGUCGCGCCCCAGAUCUGGCAGGGCCUGAGCGAGCGCGAGAAGGCCAACGUGGAGGCCUGGUUGGGCAACAGCAUCAAUGAGAAGAAUAUGCCAAACACCAAUUGGCUGUGGUUCCGCGUGUUUGCGAAUCUCGGGCUGAAAAAGAACGGGGGCAAGUUCUCCCAGGAGAGGCUGGAAGCCGAUAUCAAGCAUCUCGACACCUUUUACCGUGGUGACGGCUGGUCGAACGACGGGCCCGAGGGGAUCCAUCAGAUGGACUACUACUCGUCCAGCUUUGCCAUCCACUUCCUCCAGCUGCUCUACGCCAAGCUGGCCGGCGAGGAAGAUCCACAGAAUGCAGCCGAGUUCAGGAGGCGAGCUCAGAUUGCGGCGCUUGACCUGGCGCACUACUAUGAUGAACAAGGACGAGCCAUCCCCUUCGGCCGCAGCGUCGGCUACCGCUUCGCCAUGGUCUCUUUCUGGGGCGCCCUCGCAUACGCCGACGUGGAACUGCCAGCCCCUCUGACCUGGGGCAUGGUCAAGGGCAUCGUCAUGCGCCAUCUGAGGUGGUGGCAGACCCAGCACAACAUCUGGACCUCCAGCGGCACGCUGACCAUUGGGUACUCAUACCCAAACAUGUAUAUGGCCGAGAACUACAACAGUCCCGGUAGCCCGUACUGGGCCUGCCUGGCCUUCAUCUGCCUCGCCGUGCCCGAGACACACCCCUUCUGGACGUCCAAGGAAGAGAAUCACUGGGACGUGAUUCCCAGGAUCAAGGCACUCAAGCACCCAGGGCACAUCAUGAGCAACCUGGGCGGGCACUGCAUGCUGCUCUCCUCCGGCCAGGCGUGCUCGUACCCGAUGAAGGGCACGCACGCCAAGUACGGCGCGUUCGCCUACUCGUCGGCGUUUGGCUACUCGGUGCCGCCGGGCCUCUUCACGCUCGAGCAGUACGCGCUCGCGUCGCAGCUCGGCCUCUCGGACGACGGGGGCGAGUACUGGAAGACGCGGCGGGUGUCGGACUCGUCGCUGCAGACGCGCGCGGGCGAGCAGCAGCAGCCCGAGCCCGUGCUCGUCUCGCUCUGGUCGCCCUUCGCCGACGUGCACGUCAGGACGUACCUGAUCCCGCCGCGCGCCGAGACGCCCAACUGGCACCUGCGCGCCCACCACAUCCGCGCCGAGGGGCGCGACGUGCUGACGGCCGACGGCGGCUUCGCCAUCUGCAGCGCCCGCGCCGCCGACGGCCGCCUCCUCGGGCCCUGGGACCCGGCCGCCGGCGAGGGGACCCGCCCGCGGCUCAUGGGCAACUACGACCUGCUGACGCCCGAGGCCUGGGCCGACGGCGCAGAGGGCGCCUUCGCCGUCUCCAAGGGCGCCGUCGGCGUCCGCGCCCUCGAGGGCCCCGCCGGCCGCAGGACCGCCACCCUGGUCAACGCCGACCCCAACUCCAACCUCGUCGAGAGCCGGACGACCAUCCCGACGCUGCAGGGGACCGUCCGCAAGGGCGAGAGCGUCUGGUACGUGACGGCCGUGUACGCGAAGCCCGCCGGCGAGGGGGUCAAAAAGGAGGAGUACCUGAGCGGCUGGGACAAGGUACCCGAGGUGCCGGCGUGGUUGAAGGAGGAGAUAGGGCUGUGA